AUGGUAAACUUACACCAGCUCGCCUGCGCCCUAAUUGUUUUUUCAUUAAUCGUACCUGAGGCAGGCUUAGUCCCCUUUUCUUGUGCAUCUUCGAUUCCUUCAUCGCCACCAACCGCUCUACUACUCGAAGCUGUCACGGUCCUGGACAAGUUGGGACGUCGCCUUGCGGAACUGGAGGCUGAAGUGGCGUUUUUCGGCAUAUGCUUACGGAAGAGGUACGUUGACCCGGAACUUUUCAAGCAUUUGUCAGCAUCGGCGAGUUCUUGGUCCAACAAGAAGAUAUUGAGGACCUACAGGGACGGUGCAAGUCAGAGAAUCCAGGACGUCCGCAACGCAAGCGAUAGACUGUGGUUUUUGCUGCUGGGAAAGGACUUCAGGCAACAUCGGGACUUCCAGAACUGGAACGACAUCAAAAGGGCCCACUUCAACCGGACUUGGUGCGUAAAGCGGAAGCAUGUUUUGGACAGUGUUAAGAGAUUAAGCGCGUGCGGGAGAAUGGAUGGAAGACUAGUGGAUAGAAAUCUUGUUAGACAGAUGUGUCAGGGAGUUUCCCAUGAAAACAGCUAUCUUGAUGUGCCCCAUGCGUCCAUUGUAAACCCAUGUAGAGAAGCGGUAUCCCGGAAGACUGAGGAAUUUUUAAGUAGAGGGCCAAAGUUUUGUUUAAAUGUAAAACCGUCGAGAUUGGACGUGUUCUCGUCAAUACAGACAGUCGCAAAAGUUGUCACUCAGGAUGAGAAAGCAGCUUUUGUUGAUCAAGCAAUUGGCCGAAUGGAAAAUGUGAUGGGCAGAGAUUACCCGACGGAAAGAAGGAACUUCAGUGAGGUAAAAGCGGUAAAAAACGAGCUAGAUUGUAAAUCGCUAGAGAUGUUGCAGACGGACAAAACUGGGAAGUUUGCAGUCUUACCCAAGCCGGUUUUCCGGAAGAAGGCAAAGGAGGCGUUGGAUUCCCUGUUUGUGGAAUGGACCGGGAAUAUUGGAAAGUUGAGAAAAGAGAUUUGUGGGGUUCUUAGGGAAGAGGAAUUUGAAGGGACGGCGAAAGGGAUAUUGAGCUCAAGACACUCAACAUUGAGCCUGAGGUUUUUUCUAAAAGACCAUAAACCUGAGCUUCCUUUCCGCACAGUGAUAAAUGAGAACGGGACUUGGCAGAAGGUGGUGUCUAAAUUCCUGCAACAAGGAUUAGAGUAUGUAAGGCUUGAAGAUUCGCUCUCGCUGAGAAACUCAAACGAAUUAAUUGACAUCCUGGAGGUCCAUCAUGGCAGAAAGUGUUCGAUAUUUUCUAUGGACAUAAAAGACCUUUAUUAUUCGUUGGAGAAGAGCAGACUGUUGAAGCGUGUAAAAGAGGCCCUGGAGCGUAAUCUCGUAAAAUUUCAGUCAGGUUCGGGCAUUUCGGUAGACUGUUUCCUGACGGUGUUGGAUUUGUAUCUUCGUUCAACGGUGGUAGAAUACGAUGGGAAAAAAUUUGUGCAGAAAGAUGGAGUGUGCAUAGGCUCAUCGGUAGCACCAGCUUUGGCGGAGAUAUAUUUGAACUCACUUGACUCUGCAGUUGUAGAAGGACUAGGAAAAAUGCCGUCGGGUAGCUGUAUAGUCAGGAGAUAUGUCGACGACAUUGUGGUAUGCACCUUUCAGAGUGGAAUUGCGGAGAAGCUAGAGUCACUAAUAGUGUCAUCAGCUCCUGAACUGAAGUUCACAGUGGAAAAACAAACGAAUAAUAGGUUACAGUUUUUGGAUCUAAAACUUCAUGUGGGUGAAACCCUAUGCUGGGAGUAUGGAAAAGAUGCUCCGAAACCAGUACUCCCGAAGAAGAGCUGCCACUCGAAGACGGUAAAGGCGAGUGUCGUUAGAUCGCUGUUCACCAAUGCUUUGAACAGGUCAUGUGUUCAUUUCGUGGCUAGUGCAGUGAGGGGGCAGUGGCAACGAUUGAUGAACGCAGGCUACGAGGAAGAUUUCAUCGCGAGGCAAAUGACAUUAAUGAACCGGGAAAAGGAAAAGGCGGAGGAAAAAUCGAGAAACAGGAUAGCAGUGAUGCCGUAUUUUCACACCGUGUCACACAAUAUAAAAGCGUGUGCAAAAAAAUUUGGCGUUAAUGUAGUUUUCAGCUCGGACUUUAAGUUGGGCAACCUCACUCCGUUCCAAAGAGAGAAAAAAGGGUGCCAAAAGGGCCACAGGGAAAAGUCUGUGCCUUGUGAAGCUGGCGUUGUUUACGACAUACCGAUGACGUGCGGUUUUAAGUAUAUAGGGCAGACCUCAAGAUGCUUGAACGAUCGUCUGACAGAGCACAAGAGAAACGUAAAGAUAAAAUCGACUAAUUCCGAAAUUGCGACACAUGUACAAGAAUGCAGAAACUGCUCAGCCGAGUGGUCCGGUACAACGGUAGUAUGCAAAGAGAUAAAUGACGUUAAAAGGGUUGUAAAAGAGACAGUAAAAAUUAGGUCGAUCGGCAAUUGCAUAAGCCAGGCGUCUAUGCUUCUUAGUGAUAGGGCGAAAGCUUUUCUGCGAGUAUGAAUUGAACAGGUU